AUGUCUAUAAGGACCCUUGUAAAAGAGAGAGAUGAACAAUUGGAUCUAUUAUUAGCAUUCAUACGACCAACCACUUUAGAAUCAUUCUCAUCUUUGCUUAUUUAUGGAAAUCCAUCAACUGGGAAAUCAUAUACAACUAAGAAAUAUAUGGAACAUGCACAAAUCAAUAAUAUAUGGAUUCAAUGUGAUGAUUGUGUUUCUAUAAAAGUUAUCUUGAAGAGAAUAUUACAAAAAGUUCAAUUAUUAGUUACAGAGGAUCUUGGUGAUGAUUUUAUUAUAAAUAGAAAUGAUACAUUAACAUUUGAUAAUUUUUUGUCAACUUUAAGUGAAAUUUUCACUGUGGGGGUUGUUAAAGGACAUCAUUAUAUCGUAUUGGAUAGAGCUGAUGAAUUAAUGGAUGAUGAAGCUGAUUUAUUUAGACAAUUUACAAGAUUAUCUGAAGUAUCUAGGAUACCGAAUUUAUCAGUAAUUUUUAUAACAUCAAUUAAACCAAGAGAAAUUAUAACAUUUGGAUUACCAAUGAUUUACUUUGAGAAUUAUGAUAAUGAACAAAUUUCAAGGAUCUUAAGUGCUGACCCAAUUUGUAAAUUUUCAGAUGAAUUGGGUAUCAAUGAAUUUGAAUUGAGAAGUUUUUGGAGUAAUUAUAUAAAUAUUAUUGUGGAAUCAUUUUUCCCAUAUACAACAAAUUUAAAUGUUUUAAAAAGAAUUUCUAUAAAAUUAUGGGAUAAGUUCACUAAAGAGAUUGAAAAUGGGAAUUUAAAAACAAAUGAAUUUUUAGCAUUAUAUAGAGCAAAUCUUUCAUUAUUAUCAUCAGAUUAUGCAUUUGAAUCUGAAUUAAAAGAUGAAAAUGAAGAAGAACAAGAGGAAGAUGAAAAUGAAAAUGAGACCGAGAAAAAAGAAGAUGAAGAAAAUGAUAAGGAUGAGGAUAGAAAAUCACCUAAACAAAAUGAUAAUAAUGAAUCAGGAUUUUCAAUAACAACAAAAUAUCUUAUAAUUGCAGGAUAUCUUGCAUCAUUUAAUGAUUCAAAAUACGAUUGGGUUUUUUUUUCCAAAUUAAAAGGUUUUCACAAGAAGAAACAAAUUUUUAGAAGUUCUAAGAACUCUUCAAUGAAGUUGAGCUCAAGAUUACUAGAACCUUCAUCAUUUGAAUUAGAAAGACUUUUAGCUAUAACACAUGCUUUAUAUAAAUUAGAGAAUUCUAAACCAUUAAUUUCAAAUUUAGAUUUAUCAACUCAAAUUUCCAAUUUAUCAACUUUGAAAAUUUUAAUUAAAUCAAAAAAUAAUGAUUUUAUAAAUCCAAAAACCAAGUGGAAAAUUAAUGUUAAUUUUCAAUAUGUUAAGAAUCUUUCAGAUGAAUUAAAUUUCCCCUUGGAAAAUUACUUAGCAGAAUAA